AUGCUUAAACUAAAAAUAAAUCUUCAGGAUUUUAGAAAUGAUCCAAGAGACGAUAAAAAAGCUAAAUUAACCAAAAAACGAUCGACUACAAAAAGUAAUAUAAUUGAAGAAGAAAUCGAACCUACAACAAUAAAUGUAGAACACAAGACGAAACCAUCGAAUGUAGAUAAAACUAAAAUUAAUAUUAAUUUAACACCCAGGACUAAAACUGAGAUUUCUGACUUCAUAAACAAAAAGAACCUGAAUAAAACUUUAAACACAAUAUCAAGAAAGCCUGAAAAAAAUAUAGUACCAAACUUAAUAGAAAAACAAAAGACGCAAAUAAAGCCAGAUCUUAUUCCAGUAGAUUUAUUUUUAAAAAAACCAGUAAAAGAGUUAAAAGCUGAAGUAGAAAAAGAAAAUGAGAAAAUCGAGAAACAACCUAAAAUUGGACAUGAAAAUAAAAACGAGAAAUCGAACAAUGAGCCAACGAUACAAAAAUUAAGUGAAACCGAACCGAACACCGCGAAAAUUGAUAGAAAAAAGCCUUCAAACAAAAAAUCACAAAACUCUAAAGACCUUAUUAUAGAAGAUGAAGAAAUUAAAGAUGAUCUAGAUAAAAGUCUAGGUGAUCAAUGUGUUGAUAAAAUACUUAAUUUAUUUUCCACCGAAAAGCAAUCAAGCGCUGAAUCAAAAGAACCUAUAACGGAAAAACCAGCACCAAUAAAUAUAAAUAAUGAAGAAAGGAUGGCGGCGCCUCAAAACGAAAUAAACGAAGAAAAAUUGGAAACCAAUAAUGAUUCAAACGCAACUAUAGAUAAUAAAACACCUCAAGAAAUUUUUACAGUUAAUUAUACUACAAAGAGUAAUGAUACCCUAAAGGAACAAAUCGACACACAAUCUACUAAAAUAGAAAUAAUGAUUAAUCACCUUCCGGCUAAUGCAAACAGUAAGUUAAACAUGUAUAUUUUCUUGAAUGUUUUCAUAGAAAAGUCCAUUAUGGGUGUUUAG